GAAUUUUCGGAAAAAUGGUUCGGAACUAAAUGGGCUGUGCAAAGUAUUAACAAACCAAACAAACAAAUAAAAACACAAAAUUCGUAUUAUAUAAUACAGAGGAUUUACCCGUUUUGUUUUAUUGUUUUCAAAGCGGCAGCUUUAAAUAGACAUAGCUGCAACCUCCUUUUGAAGAGUGAGAAAUGGCAGAGGAACGCAGACAGAAGCUGUGUUCUGUGAUCCUGCCCACUGAUUCCAUGAAGGCAAUGGCUGAGUCGGUGGGUAUAGGCUCACUGCAGGAAGACAGCUGUCUGACCCUCAGUGAAGAAGUUAGCUACAGGAUCAAAGAGAUUGCACAGGAUGCAUUGAAGUUUAUGCACCAUGGGAAAAGAUGCAAACUUACAACUGGUGACAUUGAUCAUGCCCUUAAACUGAAAAAUGUGGAGCCACUGUAUGGAUUCCAGUCCGAGGAGUUCAUCCCAUUUCGCUUUGCAAGUGGAGGUGGCAGAGAAUUGCACUUUUAUGAAGAAAAAGAAGUGGAUCUUAGUGACAUCAUUAAUACACCCUUGCCUCGUGUACCUUUAGACGUUUCACUAAAAGCUCACUGGCUAAGUAUAGAUGGUGUCCAGCCUGCAAUUCCAGAGAACCCACCUUCUGCUUCUAAAGAGCAGCAGAAGGCAGAGUCUACUGAGCCGCUUAAAGCUGUCAAACCUGGACAGGAAGACGAAGGCUUUAUUCAAGCCAAGGGUCAGAGUGCAGUUUCUGCUGAAGUCAAAGGAAAGGAAAAGAUGCGGAUGAAACCACGUAGCACACAUGAGCUCUCUGUGGAGCAGCAGUUGUACUAUAAAGAAAUUACUGAAGCCUGUGUGGGAUCCUGUGAAGCCAAAAGAGCGGAGGCACUGCAGAGCAUAGCCACCGACCCAGGGCUGUACCAAAUGCUGCCAAGGUUCAGUACCUUCAUCUCGGAGGGUGUGCGUGUAAAUGUUGUUCAGAAUAACUUGGCUUUGCUGAUAUAUUUGAUGAGGAUGGUGAAGGCUCUAAUGGACAAUCCAACUCUAUAUUUGGAGAAAUAUCUCCAUGAGUUGAUCCCCGCGGUGGUGACAUGUAUUGUGAGUAAGCAACUGUGUUUGAGGCCUGAUGUAGACAAUCACUGGGCUCUGCGAGACUUUGCUGCCCGGUUAAUGGCUCAGAGCUGCAAAACAUUCAGCACCACAACCAACAACAUCCAGUCGCGUAUCACCAAAACCUUUACUAAGGCAUUGUUGGAUGAAAAGACUCAGUGGACAACUCGUUAUGGCUGCAUUGCUGGACUUGCUGAACUUGGGCAUGAUGUGAUAAAGACUUUGAUCAUCCCCCGACUGUUUGUAGAGGGUGCCCGUAUUAAAGCAGUGAUGGAUGGGCCAGUGGUAUCCAAUAUUGAUAAGAUUGGAGCUGAUCAUGUCCAGAGUCUAUUACUGAAACAUUGUGCAAGUGUGGUUGCUAAAACUAGGCCGGUCCCAGAUCUGGUGGAGCAAUACAAAGCAGAUUAUGGUUAUCUGGGCACUAUGCUAUGUUCACAUGUGGUGAAGGCCCGUGCACAGGCUGCCUUUCAGGCCCAAACUGUUAACAGAACCACACUUACUAUCACACAGCCACGUCCGACUUUGACAAUGUCUCAGAGUGGAUUGUCAACAUCAGGUGUUUCACGUACACCCAGCAUAAUUAAAGUACCCAGUUCACUUACCCUCAUGUCUACUCGACCUGGAACACCCACUCAGCCAUCACCCCCAGCAACAAAGUAUAUUGUUAUGGCAACAAGUGCAGGGGCUGCAUCCACACAGCAGGUAAUCACUCUCAGCUCCUCUCAGUCUGGAUCCCCUGUCACAAGUACAGUCCCCAGCACACCAACAAGUCUACAGCCACUCGUCAAACUGGAGUCUGGAAAUCCAGGUGCUGUGGGCAGCUCACGCCCAAUCCAGAAAUAUAUUGUGGUGUCUUUGCCUUCAUCCUCUUCAUCAAUGGAUAAUAAGGGCUCAGGUGUCCUUUCCUCUUCUACCUCACCUAUCAGCAUGGAGUCUGCAGUCAAGCUGGAAUGUUCAGAAUCACCAGCCACAAGCACACAAUUGCCACAUUGACACUCUCACUCUUGCUUACGCCAUCAGGGUAUAGAUCAACAAUAAAUGUAACUUGAUGCUUAUCAAAGUGCUUUAAAACAAACAUACACACAGAUACACAAAUACAUGUCACAGACACACAAUACAGUUGUGGCUGCAAGCACAUCGAGGCUGUAACAAUGACAUCUAUACAUACAAACAUGUUAAGGAACCUUUAUUGUGAUUUGAGAUGAAAGCACAAGACUUGGUUCUGCCUUUGAGCUCCUAGCUUUAGCUGUAGUUUAGCUGUAUUUCAUGUACAUGAGGAUAUAUAUGCAGAUAACAGGAGAAAGAAUGAUAAAUGUGGAUUCUCUGGGUAGGAAUUAAUGGGUCCACCAUUAAUACAAUGUUUUUUAUAGUUGGGCAUUUGUUGGGUUUAACAAUUUAAUUGAUUUACAGUUUCAAGUUUAUUAUUAUCUUCUAUAAUAAAGUUGGUUUUUAAGGUGUGAUUUACAUUUCUUAAUUUGUAAUACUUAAUGUUAUAAUGUUUUUUGUAGAAAUCAGUGUUUUUUUUUUGUUUUCAUGUCAAACGUUUUGUUAUAUCAGUUCAAUUUCUUUUCUCAAGAUAAAACUUAAGAUAUUAAGUAUAAUAGUACACUGAAGGUAUUAGCAAUUAUUAAGUAAUCCAUUCUUAAAUACAGUUUUGUAUAAUUGUGAGGAAAAAUGUCAAUAAAAAGGCAUGGAACAACA